ACUUUAAACAUGUGAUGUCAUGCGAUCACUGGCGCGUAACGCCAACCGCUUGAAUUAACAGAAUCAACAAAACCUUGGCAACAACCAUCUUGUGUUGAGGCAUCUUCAAUGAGUAGGCAGAUAUAAGAUUAGUUUAAAUGGCAACAACAAGGAUCUCAUACACUUUACCUCCCAACAUUGAUGCCACCAAAGCACCUCUUGCUUUCGGGAGCCGAGCAUUACCUAAACUCAACCGUGAACUGAAUGAUGACACACUCAUCACUCGACAGCGAGCAUUAAUGACACUUUGUGACUUGGUGCAUGACCCAGAAAAGGUUUAUGAAUCCAUUGGUGUAGGUUGCAUUGAAAGUUUGAAAAAGUUGUUAAGUGAUGCAGACAGCACAGUGAGACACAAAUCUACUGAAGUUCUUUAUAUAAUGGCAACACAUAAUGUUGGAAGAAAUGCAUUCCUGGAUUAUAAAGUCAUCUUACCAGUAGCUAAGUUAUUUGAUGAUAACGUUGACAUCGUCCGAAAGAACGCUCACCAGGCAUUGAAGAUGUUGUCCGAAAUUCCUGCAGGGGCAGCUGGCAUUGUAUCAGCUAACUUGAUCCCCAAGCUUGUAAACAAGCUUAAGAUCGAGAUAGAUGAGAUUAAGGAACUAAUCUUGGACACUCUGCACUUCUGUAUGAGAGUAGAUGCAGAAAAUGCACUCAAGUCUGGUGUCAUGCCUGUGCUAACUGAAUUACUUGAUCACAGCGAUCCAUCAGUGCGGGGAGCAGCAGCAAGAGAUAUGAUGGAUGUUAGUGUUACUCUCGCAGGGAAGGAGGCGGCAUGUGAGGAUGCGAGCAUCGUCCCUCUUCUUGUUCGUCUUCUUACCGAUGUGGAUGCGUCAGUGAAGUCCAGCGCAGCAGGAGCUUUGAUGACAAUUGCCAUAACAACUAAAGGUAAAUAUGCAGCAAUUAGAGCUGGAGCGAUUCCAUCUCUAUUGAAACUUGUAAACGCCUCGUCAUCUGAAACUCGUCUUUAUGGAAUCAAAGCUCUAACGAUGCUGUCCGAGGCUCCAGAGGGAAGGAAGACACUCUUGGAGUUUGUGGAUGAGAUAAAAGACAGAGAAGAUGAUCCAGAGAGCGCAGCAGUUGCACGAGCAGCACAAACUGCACUUAAAGUUAUAACAUGGAAGCCAUAGUGCUUGUAAAGCUUUUGAACAGUAACUUAAAAAAAACAAUUUUGGUCAUGGCAUAGAAAGUAACUGAGGACAAAUUCAAAUUUUCUCAUAGUUUAAAUAAAUAGGUUAUAAAGUAAAAUUUAAUAGAGUUACGAAUAAUGCAGAGUAUAUGUUUGACAGCCUUUAUAAAACAGUAUUACUUGGAUCUGUUUACUAAGACUAUUCUUGUAUUACUUUACUGUGACUUUGCUAGUGUAUAUUUCAUAUUGAUUUAUAUUAGUUUUAUUUCGCAAUAAACAGAAAAAAACUUGAAUGCA